UCGUGCUCCAAUUACUAUCUGACCAUCAGUACACGUAUCAGUACACGACGGAUAGCAAAACCGGAUGUUUGACCAAUCUCUUUUUCGUACAUCCUACAUCACUUGACAUAUGGCGUGCAUUUCCUUGGAUCAUUGAAAUAGACGCCACGUAUAAAACCAACGUUUACAACAUGCCGCUUGUUGAGAUUGUGGGUGUCACUCCAACUGGCAAGACAUUCAGCAUUGCGCACGCACUUAUUGAAAAUGAGCAACAUGCGGCAUACACAUGGGUGUUACAGUGCUUGAGGUCGACGCUCGAAGAAGGGUUCGUCGUGCGUGUGGCACUCACUGAUCGGGAUCUGGCCCUCAUGAAAGCGGUUAAGGAUGUGAUGCCGGAAACGAAGCUGAUACUGUGUAGAAUACACAUUUGGAGGAAUAUUGAGUUACAUGCCAACCCAUCGUUUGGGUCAAAAAAAGAUUAUGGUUCGUUUAGACACCGGUGGGAUAAACUCGUAAAGUCAAUCACGGUUAAAGAAUACGCAGAGAAUGAGCAGCGGCUAAAAGUAUUCUUGGCAGAUAAACCAAAUCUUUAUAAGUAUCUACAAAUACAGUGGCUUGCCUCGUACAAGGAGUUAUUUGUGUCAUGUUGGGUCGACCAACACCGCAACUAUCGUAACUAUACUACCAACAGGGUUGAGAGCGAGCAACUCAACAGGGAAAUCAUGGGAUCCGAAACCCCUGAGAAUCCUCCCUAGUCCGCGCUGAUGUCCCGAUCGCGAUCCAAACGCUUCCGGGAACAACUGGGUUGGAGGUGUUGGUGCAGGAUCCUGUGAAUGUCUCACCU